GUAACCCUAGUAACUCCCAUUUUUGAUCUCCACAGCUGCUACGGAACUUCAGCUCACCGAUGAGCGCAAUGGCCGCCAGUCGGUGUCCCACCCCCUUCGCCUUUCCCUUUACGCCUUUGGGCCUGAGCCUCUUCGACAUUGAUCCGUCCAGAAUCCUUAGCCUGCUGCACCAUCAGACCUGGCUGGCAGAGGAGGCACUCAGGACACGUGGCCUGCUGGCAGCGCCCAAGGACUUUCCGCAUCGCUUCACCACCCUCAGCGAUCUGCUGACCAAGGACUACCAACCGGGAGCACCAACGGCCACAGCCACGGCAACGGCCACCUCAGCCUCCUCCUCGUCAGCCUCCUCUCUGUCCUCCUCCUCCGCCGCCACAGCUGCCGCCUCGAAGGACACUUCAGCACAGUACAAACAGCAGCAGGGAGCGGCUGCUACCUUCAAUCUGCGCUACCCCACGCCCACGGCCUUCUACCAGCAACAGCAGCAGGCCAAGGUGGCAAAAUCCUCGCCAUCUCCCCAACAAAUGGCCACCAGCACCAGCACCACGGCCAUGUCCAAUGAUUCCGGCGAGGAUAGCUGCAAGCGCAGCUCCGCCGACAGCGAUGAAGUGACCAUCGUAGAGCUGCCCAGCGAGCGCAGUGCUCAGCUGUACAAGGAAUCGCUCGAGCAGCUUCUCCAGCGUCAGCGACGUACACCCAUUCUGGGCGGUGGCGUCACCGCCUCCGGUUUAGGCAGCGGCGGCGGUGUCAUCGUAGACGCCACCGGACUGAGGCAAUACACCCAACUGCUGCUGGCCAGUGCCGGCAAUCAGGAUGCCUGCAAGGAGAAGAGCUCCUCCUCGUCCACCUCGUCCACGCCGCCGCUGCUCAGCCAGCAGCAGCUUAGCCAGAUGCUUAAAAGUCCCUCCGACACCUGCUCUUCUCUGUUUAGUUCUUCUGGCGGAGGAGGAGGAGGUGGAGCUGGUUCUGGGGUAAUAGCACCCGGCACCAGUACCGGCACCAUGGAGACCAUCGAAGAGGAAACCCGUUGCGUGGUCUGCAAUGCCCACUUUCCGAAUGUUUGGCUGCUGGAGCAGCACGCCGCCCUCCAGCAUCCGCAUGUGGGUCCCGGCGAGGAGAAGCCCUUCAUUUGCGAGCAAUGCGGUCAGUCCUAUCGCUAUCGCAGUGCCUAUGCCAAGCACAAGGAGCAGAACCAUCGUGCUCGCCUCCCGGCCGACAAGCUCUUCACCUGCGACGUCUGCGGGAUGCAGUUCCGCUACCUGAAGAGCUUCAAGAAGCAUCGCCUCAACCAUGCCUUGGAGCGGCUGCAUGGCAAAAAGAGUGUGGGUGUGGGUGUGGGUGUAGGAGUGGGAGUGGGUGUGAGUGUAGGACGCCUUGGCUCCUCUGCCGCCUCCUCCUCCAUGUCCAUGCCCGUGGCCACACCCACCUCAGUCUCGGCAGCGGGUUCGGUGACCUCGGUGGACCAGGAUGUGGUGACCAGUUCGCAGGAACCGAUGCUGGCCGAUGAGGGUGAAGAUUUGCGGGUCAAUGUCAAGCGGGAGGAGCAGCAGGAGCAGCACUCGAGCGGCGGCGGAGCGGAUGGCGAGGAGCAUGAGCAGGACAACACUGUGGACUCGGCAGGCAUAACGAUGCUCUACCAGGACAACAACUCGUCGGCCUCGGCCUCAACCAGCGCCACCGAGCCGAAUAUAAGCAGCUCCGAUGGUAUUCAUAGUACAAACAAGAGGUCGCGCCUGCACCACUUGGAAACGGAUCCCUCCUAUUCGCAUCAGCAGCAGCAGCAGCACCAUCAUCACCAUCACCACCACCAUCAUCAGCAGCAGCAGCAGCAACAUCACCACCACCAGCAGCAGCAGCCGCACCAUCCGGCGCACCACCUGGGCCAUGUCUCACUGCCACUGGGGGCCACCUCGGCCGCUGGCUCCUCAUCCUCGGCGGCUGCUGCUGUCGUGGCAGCUGCCACCGCCGGCAGUUCUGGCGGAGCAGGAAGUUCCUCGGCAACCGGAAGUGGCGGCGGCGGCGGCUCCAGCUCGGGCGGCAAUGGAGGCAGCGGUGGAAUCAGCUCCCUCAGCUCACUGACCUCGCUGAUCAAUGCCGAGCGGAUACCCAAUGAACAGUUUUUGGGUCUAAAUCCGCAAGAGGCCUCCAUACUCAACUUUUUGCGCGUGGAUGCCGCCGAGCGUCAGAGGGAUAAGAGACCUGCCACCUCGCGCUUUGCCUGCCCCUUUUGCGGCAAGUGUGUGCGCUCCAAGGAGAACCUCAAGCUGCAUGUGCGCAAGCACACGGGCGAGCGACCCUUUGUGUGCCUCUUUUGCGGCCGAGCCUUUGGUGGGAAAUCGGAUCUCACGCGGCAUUUGAGGAUCCACACGGGGGAGAGGCCGUAUCAUUGCGAAUCCUGCGGCAAGUGCUUUGCCCGGGCUGAUUAUCUGUCCAAGCACCUCACCACCCACAUCCAUAAUGCGCCGCGCUGAGAUGAGGCGCGUAGGAGGCGGCUCCUACGCAGAUAAGGAACCAGCCUCAGGACCACCACACACACACACUCAGACUACAGGAAGAAAGCUAUGUAUAAAUAUUAUUACAAAAGGGGGAAGAUGAUAGAAAGAAGAAGGAACUUCUCAUAGAAAGGGGUAUUUUUUUUAAUUUUUUUAUUAUUAUUAUUUUUUUUUUUGCUUAAUUUUUUUUGGUGCAAGCUAGAAAAAAGUUUAAAAGAAGAAAAAAAAAACAAGAUUACGGGCAACUAAUUAGCACGGGUAUUAAAGUGUUUAAGAUUCUGAAUAUACACCCAACUCUCUCUAAAUAUAAUUAUGUGUGUGUAAGGAUUGCAAAUUAUAAUUACAAAUUAUAAUUAACGUAGCACAAAAUGAUAUACAUCUAUAUAUAAACCUUUUUUUUUACAAGUAUAACUAAGUGGGGAUUUAAGAACGAAAUGCGAUUUGGUUCUUUGAGACAAGACAACACUUUAACGAAGAAAACAAAACAAACAAAAGCAGCCACAAAGCAAAAUGCAAUAAACUAAAUAGUCUGUAUUUUCUACCGAAACAUGAGAAGAGAUAUUUAAACAUAAAUAUCCAAAAAUCUGCCGUUGAUAUAUACACACACACACACAAUAGAUAAAAUAUAUUUAAUUUUACACCGAUCUAUAGACGCUAAACUAGCAACAAUUUGUACAAAACCGAGGCAUGAAUGAACAUGAACGCAACUCAACUGUACUUUUGCAAGAAUCAAUGCAAUAACUGAGCUAACUCUGUUACCUACCGCAGAAAAACAAAAAACAAACAAUAAACUAAUUGGGAUUUUAGUUAAUUGUUUAUAAGCCAACUAAAAACUAAAAAGUGAAAAACUAAAUGUGAAAAACGUGAAAACAACGCCGAUUCGUGCUAGCUGCAAGCAUUAUUUAUUCACCGAAUUUUCCGUUCAGGAUGAGAGGGAGUCGAUAGGAUUAUGAUUGUGUAAAGAAGAAAAUAGGAUCUACCUACCACCGUCAAUAGUUUAAUUUAUAUACAAAGCAAAGCAAAUCAAAACAUAGCAACAAUUAACAAUUACAAUUAACAAUAGCAAUUACAAUUACACCAACAGUAACUGCAACUACAACAACACAAAACUAACUGUGAUCAUAGUAACAACAAAACAACAUAGAAGUUUUAACAGAAAAAACUACUGAAAACCAACAAACAAACAAACAAGCUGAACAGGCAAGAAUAGUUUAUAGCAACCCUGAUGGCAACCCUGGCAGACAAGUACAGCAAUAGAGGAUUUCGGACUCUGGCCACACUGGUAACGAAAUGUGCAAUUAAACAAUAAAAUAGGUAAAAACUCAUAGGACAAGCCAAUAUGAUUUCCCAAACGAUUUCUCUAUAUGCUUUUAUAUAGUUCAGUUUACACAGAAAGAAAAACACACACAAAAAAAAAAUGAGAAGAAUGGAAAACCUUGAACCAAGAACAUCGAAUUAAAGUGUAAAGUGAAAAAUUAAAAAAAUGCAAAAAUAUGGGUAACGAAAGGAAGACAGCCAUUUCUUUCUUUUAUACAUUUUUUUUUUUUUUUUUGUUAAUUAAGCAAGAAGAAUUACUUGUCGUACCAAAAACUAAAGUGGGGAAAAAAGCUAAAAUAAUAACGAGAACAAAUCAAAGUAAAAAGGUAGAAGUAAAGUAAAUGAAAACUUUCACUGUGCCAAAAAGUUUCAAGUACCUCAUAAUUUAACUAAAUAUUAAAGUGAAACGGAAGCUAACUUAUAACCGAUGACCGAUAACAGAUAACACCGAUAGCCAGCCCACACACACUCACGGAAUCCACCAAGAAGCAGUCCACAAAAG